UAAGUCAAGCAAUGAAUGCUUCGUUCCUGUGACAAAAAGCAAUGAUUCAUCCCCUGUCAGAGGGACACAAAUAAAUAUGAGUUCAAUGUAUUCCUAUGCAUCUGUAUUUACAUCAGAGUAUGAUCUCAGUGAGAAAUCGUCUGGCCUGGAUGACCAUUUGAUACCAGAAGUGUGUCCACAGUCUAUCAGUGACCUGCUCACCUUUGGUAUUAGAUCAGCAGGAGUUCUGAGGUACAAUCGGGAGUCUGAUGACCACAGGAUAAAGUUGACAACCGGUGUCCCAGUGUCCAAGCCUCUGACAGAAUACCUGGUGAAGUGCGAUUACUGUGGAGGAAACGCCAAACCUCCACUGGACCUAACUUGGGUACAGGGGCCGGAUGUAAGGCAGAAAACAGUCCCUCCUUUCUGCUGUGAGCGUUGGCUGCAGCUGUGGGAGACGCUGGUGAGGCAGAGAUGGGAUCUGAGGAGUGGUGGUACGACUGCGUCAGUGGAAGAAGACCAGCUGUCUAAAGAGGCGGAGGAGCGUCUCAUACAAGGCAGGGAGAUGGAGGAUCACAACAAGUUCACCAUGGACUUAUGGAGUGCACUUGGAAAACAAUCAGAACCAAGAAUCCUGGAGGAUUAUACAGUCUAUCAACCUGAGGCAGAAUCUCUUCCCCCAUCAUCAAAGGUCCUCAGGUAUCAGCUCUGUCCUGCUUCAGAUAAAGGAUGCUGGACAGGGCCUCCUCCUGGUGGUGAAACUGAGAAGCAUUUCAAAGUGGAAGAGGAAGAGGUGCCGCUUCCUUUCUGUAACCACAGGACUAAUCAGUUUGGCAUAUGUUGUCAUCAGGGCCGCUCAGAAAUUCUACAGAAGUACUAUGGCAAAGACUUGAAAUGUCUUACAGUUUUCCCUGAUGGGUCUGCUCAGGUUUUUUAUCCCUCGGGCCUCUUGGCUUUAAUUAUUGUGGUCACUCAAAAGAAUGGAAGGGUGUGCAUCGUGUAUGGUGACAGUGCUGUGCCGCAUCAACCAAUCAGAGCCGUGUUCCAGUCUGACGGCAGAGCAACAUGUUAUCACAACAAUGGAAACACCUGGCUGACCUUGAACAGAUCAGGUGGUCAGUGUUUGGACGAGGAGGGGGCCAGGGUACGUCGGUGGAGCUGGGGAAGUCAGAGCCUCUUCCCCGCUCCCUUGAAGCCUGUCUUCAUGUCCCUCAACAAAGCAGUUGGGGUCCGAGUCCUGGGAAAGGAGCAAGUCUUUGUCUCUUUCCUGGCAGGAGGUCAGCAGGCAAAGUUCAGUGUGGGUUGCUGCUGCACUCAGGCAUCAUGUGAAACAAACAUGGCUUCUUCAGGACCAUCAGUACUAAAGGAGGAGUUGUUUGUGUUGGCAGCCAGGAUUAGGAUGCACCUACCAAUUCAGCAACUUCACCAGGACCUGAUCACACCUUCCCAUCCCCGGCUGCCAAAGACGACCAAAGCCUCUCGCCAGCAUGUUCUUGCCAACAAGCUUCUGGAAGUCGGUGCUGAUGUGAUAAUGAGUGAGAGUGAAAGAGACUUCAUUCACUGGUGCCUUCAGGGAUAUCUGUGAAAAAGUACUCUGUGACACAUGUAA